GACGCGUAGACGCGGCAGAAAGCGGCGGCGGGGCGGCAGUGGGCUUGUCGUUGCUGCUUUUGUGAGAUUUGCGCGCUUUUGCUACUGUAGCCAAAGCUGGCACGUCUGUUGGCUAGUUGUUGUUGUUAUUGCUGUUUAUUAUAUAUAUGCGGCACAUGUUAGUUGGCACUGAAGCCACAUACAAACACACACACACACACAGAAGCACACAUAGUACGAACUUGUACGUUUGUUUGUACGCCACUCACUCUGGCGCGGCGGCUGUUGGCAUUUGCUGGCUAUAUCAAAAGUACUCGCACCAAUUUCGAUUCAGUACACUUUCACACGAGCGCGAGCGUUUUGCAGAGCGCGCAUAGCAAAAGUUGCAAAUUAAUUUAUUCAUUAAUAUAAAAGACAAAACCAAGCAACAAAGUACAACAUAACAAAAACGGAGUGUUAAAGGUGCGCAACAAACCCACAAUUAAAAGCCAAAACUAUUGUCUGUAGCGUGAUUGUAGCAACUAGGAAAUAGAAGAAAGAGCGCUUGAAGAUAUACACGCAAAACAUAAGCAAUAACGGUGUUACAAGGAAAUUAUACCGCAUGUUGUGCAAUUCAUAUCAAAACAGCGGCAACAACAACAGCAAACAACAACUGGCGUUGUAGUGUCAUCGCGGCCAACGCCGGUUAAAUAAAUGAGAUUUAAUAGCCCAUAUUGGCGCGCCAUACGGCGAUAUAUAUUGAUUUUCGUUGCCAUCGCGUUGCUGCCUUUGGCGCUCGUCUAUGUAGUGCGCCUGGACCAGGCCUAUCGCAUCAAAGGCUAUGAGGCGACAAAGUUCAACGAUCAUUUCGGUGAUCAAAGUUUUCGUUAUCCGGUAAUGUUGCUGGGGAAAAAUAAGGAUCUAACGAUAGCGGCGACAGGCAGUUCGCGCAAAAAAUUUUACAAAUAUGCUAAAUAUGUUAAUGAGUCACGCGUACCAGUUUUGCCAGAAGAGUCCGUGCACACGCUCGCUCCGACCGAUGUGGAGCGCAUCGAGAAGCGCAUGGAGCGGCGGCGGAAGCUGCUGCAAGAGAAAUGCACCGAAUUCGGACUAGAUGUUGCGGGUAACGACACCUGGCACAAACCCAACGCUUGGGAAUUUUUAUUCAAUAAAAAAUAUCACAUCAUAUGGUGCAAUGUGUUCAAAGCCGGCUCCUCCUCAUGGAUGUACAAUUUUAAUAUAUUAGCCGGUUAUUCGCCGGAAUUCCUACAACGAACCAAAGAAGUGUUCCUUACUUUGGCACGAGAUCGUUAUCCUCGUCUUUCCAUUGAGAAGCUGCGAGAAGCACAAAAUGACUCGCUUACAUUCAUGAUAGCACGCCAUCCAUUCGAGAGGCUAUUGAGUGCAUAUCGUGAUAAGAUCGUAUACGCCAUACCGCAUUCCUAUCACGACAAGCUGGGGCGGCGCAUUGUGCGCAAAUAUCGUAGCAAAAAUUUGGAUAUGAACACGCCCAGAUAUCCAACAUUCCCGGAAUUUGUACGUUGGCUUUUGAAACAAAUCCAGCUUGGCAUUCUUCAAAUGGACAUGCAUUUCAUCUCGUCGACGUUGUUCUGCACGCCUUGUCUUAUCAAUUUCGAUGUGAUCAUGAAGUUUGACACACUGGACGAAGAUCAAUUAUAUCUCAUUACAAAGACUGGUUUGACGCGUGUCAUAGCGCCGGAGUGGCGGAAUGCUGGCAGAGGCAAAAAUACGCAGGAGUUGCUGCAAUCGUUCUACUCUAAGUUGUCCUCAAGAGAAAUGCAGGGACUGUAUCAAUAUUAUAAAUACGAUUUUGAACUAUUCAACUUUAGCGCGGCAUCGUAUUUCAAUUUGGUAGACGAAAAUGCCACGCGAAAGUAAACUAAGGGUAGCAGCAGCAGCAGCAACAGCAGUAGCAGCAAUUAAGGCGCUUCACAAUGCAGCCGCACUGGACACAGCAACAACAACGAAGCACACACAUAUAUGCACACAAAUCAACAUAUACACCGACAAAUCAUACAUAUGAACUAACAUACGUACGCGUACAUACAUACAUAUAUAAGUUAAUGCUAAAAAACCAAAAACCAAAAGAAAUACCAAAAAAAAAAAACCAAAAGAAAAAAACGCUCUGAGUAGAAAGAAGAAGAUGCAAGUAUUCAGAAAAUGGAUAUCUGCCCAUUAAUGGCUGUCAACUGGUGGACUGAAAGGCAUAUCAUUUCUAUGGUUUUCGAAAUAUUCCAUCAUAAUUUUGAAAAUUGAACGUUUUAAACUUUAAGGCAAUCACCCACAUUUGUGGCUCUGCGUUACUACAAUUGCCAGCCAGCAUGUAAAAAUGGAUAUCGUUAGAUGUUGGAGCAUUUUUAAAAGACACUGUACAAUAAUUUAGCAAUGUAGUUUAACUGAUAUGUUAAUUACUAACGCCAUACGCGUAGUAGCAUACAUACAUAAAGAUAUUGGUAGUAGUGCUAAGCUUGAAAUGUUUGCUAAAUAUUAAAGCCAAAAUAAAUUACCAAAUAGUAAAAUAUUAAAUUAUUGAGCACUUGUCCGAUUUAACGAACACGAUAAUGACGUUUUAGCAAUUGAAAAAGAGUACUAAGGCGCUUAAAAGUAUGCUAUAAUUGAGUAAAAUGUUAACGAAAGAUUAAUAACGGCACAUUUUGAAAUAGUUUAGAAAUAUAAAUUUAUGUUGCCAACAUCUAGGCGGUUUUUGCGAGACAAAUCAUGGAACUUUGAAAAAUGCCUAAUUUUUUAUACCCUGAACAGGGUAUAUUAAUUUUAAUAAUUUUUCAAGACAUGUCAUGCAAGUUUUAAAAAUUCAACUUAUUUUUGAAAAAUUCUAAUUUUCGUUUUGUAAAGUUAAAAAAAAUAUCACAAAAAUUUGCUGAAUUUCGUAUAAUUAAAAUUGUAAUUACAAUGUUAAGAUAAUUUCACUUUGGACACACAUUCUACAGCAUAUUUGAGGUAUUUUUGUUUAACCGUAAUUCUUUACUUUCAUUUAUUUAAAAAGCCAUUACUGUUAAGUAAUGCUCAAAGAAAACAUAUAUUUAAAAUUUCUAAAAUAAUUGCAUACUUAAAUUUUUCGAAGCAAAUUUCAAUUGGAAAAUUUUUAACAACCGCUCUUCAAAAUCGCAAAAUCGAUUUGAAAAGAAAAGCAUUGCAGAGAUUUAGGCGCCAUACCGCAUAUAUAUAAAAAACCACAACAAUAUUAUACUUAAAAUAAUAUUGGAGGAAUAAUUUUGUAGGUUUCACUGCAUUUUAAUAAUUUCUUUGAAAUCAAAACAUUUUAGGAUACAUUACUAGGAAUAAUAUAUUUUUUUAGAGAUCCCAAAGUAAAUAGGAACAUAAUUAAAUUGAUUAUUAAUAAAAACCAAAAGUGAAAUGUUAAUAAUAGCAAAGUAAUUAAAUACAAUACAUAUUAUCAUCCUAAAUGCAAAUGCUGUAGGAGACAUUAAAACAAAUAAGAAAUAAUAAAUAAACGAAAAAAAAGGAAACAUAUUAUCAAACAUGAAUUGUUGCGCUAAAUUGGUCAAUUUUGUUAUUACUAUUUAAAGAGGAGUUGAUAAUAAAAUAAAACAAAAAUUACAAUUAAUUGAAAA